GAGGAGAAUCGAGAACUAAGUAUUUCUGUUCCUAGUCCGGCCACAAACCGGGAACUUUUCAUUUAUAGGUUUUGGAUUGUCGACUGUCUGGUACGCAAUCAAGAUGAGGGAAAUAGUACACAUACAAGCGGGGCAGUGUGGUAACCAGAUUGGAACCAAGUUUUGGGAAGUCAUCAGUGACGAACACGGCAUCGAUCCAGCAGGAAACUAUGUUGGUGACUCAGCGCUUCAACUUGAGAGAAUUAACGUCUAUUACAACGAGGCAUCCUCUCACAAGUAUGUUCCCCGGGCGAUCCUGGUGGACCUGGAACCUGGAACCAUGGACAGUGUUCGGUCAGGGCCUUUUGGAGAGCUCUUCAGACCUGACAACUUCAUCUUUGGACAGACAGGUGCAGGCAACAACUGGGCCAAGGGCCACUACACGGAAGGUGCUGAACUUGUGGACUCGAUCCUAGACGUGGUGAGGAAGGAAUGUGAGCACUGUGACUGCCUGCAGGGUUUCCAGCUCACCCACUCCCUCGGCGGCGGCACCGGCUCGGGCAUGGGCACCCUGCUGAUCAGCAAGAUCCGCGAGGAGUACCCCGACCGCAUCAUGAACACCUUCAGCGUCAUGCCCUCGCCCAAAGUGUCAGACACGGUGGUGGAGCCCUACAACGCCACGCUCUCCGUACACCAGCUGGUGGAGAACACAGACGAGAGCUACUGCAUCGACAACGAGGCGCUCUACGACAUCUGCUUCCGGACUCUCAAGUUGACCACACCCACAUAUGGGGAUCUCAAUCACUUGGUGUCAGCCACCAUGAGCGGAGUAACGACCUCCUUGCGCUUCCCUGGCCAAUUGAAUGCUGACCUCCGCAAGUUGGCUGUUAACAUGGUCCCCUUCCCUCGGCUGCACUUCUUCAUGCCCGGCUUUGCUCCACUGACCGCUAGGGGGAGCCAGCAGUACCGUGCCCUCACUGUGCCAGAACUCACCCAGCAGAUGUUUGACGCCAAGAACAUGAUGGCCGCCUGCGAUCCUCGGCAUGGCCGCUACUUGACGGUAGCUACUGUUUUCCGCGGACCCAUGUCCAUGAAGGAGGUGGAUGAGCAGAUGCUGGCCAUCCAGAACAAGAACAGCAGCUACUUCGUUGAGUGGAUCCCCAACAACGUCAAGGUGGCCGUGUGCGACAUCCCGCCCCGCGGCCUCAAGAUGGCCUCAACAUUCAUUGGCAACAGCACGGCCAUCCAGGAGCUCUUCAAGCGCAUCUCCGAGCAGUUCUCCGCCAUGUUCCGGCGCAAAGCCUUCCUGCACUGGUUCACCGGCGAGGGUAUGGACGAGAUGGAGUUCACCGAGGCCGAGAGCAACAUGAACGACCUUGUCUCAGAGUACCAGCAGUACCAGGAAGCCACCGCCAACGACGAAGAUGAGUUAUUCGAGGAUGACGAAGAAGAGGCCAAUGAGUGAAACGAUCAUGGUUCCGUUAUUUUUCAAGUGCACAUUUUUUUUUACUACGGUGAGGCACAGACAUAUUUAAAUAUAAAUGGUAACGGCCUUUUUCAAGCUGUGAAAUUUUCCGAGACCUGUAAUGCCUUCUGAACAAUGUGAGCACCCACUGCAAUAAAGAUCCUUCACAAUA